AUGAAGAAGCUUGGUGAACUUGGAACUUUCCUUGGUCUGCAAAUCGAAAAUUUCGAUAAAGGUUUGUUUGUAUCGCAGAUCAACUACGCAAAGAAGUUGGUAGAAAAAUUUGGUAUGACUGAUGGAAAAAAGAGCUAUACUCCUUUCGACGUAAAUCCUAGACUUAGUCGAGACGAAGGAACAUGUCUACCAGAUCCUCGUCCGUAUCGUGCUCUUGUAGGAAGUCUGAUUUAUUUGACUAUAACAAGGUUUGACAUUGCUUAUGUAGUUGGAGUGGUGAGUCGAUACAUGCAGGAGCCAAGGAAACCACACCUCGAGGAAGCGAAGAAAAUUCUGAAGUAUAUUAAUACCUCACUAGAUAUUGGUCUACUAUAUGAGAAAGAUGCAAAUUUUGUUUUGCAAGGAUAUGCAUAUGCUGACUUUGCUGGAGAUCGAGACGAUCAAAGGUCCACAUCUGAGUUUGUUUUCUUUGUGGAAACACUAGCAUAUCUUGGAGUAGAAGGAAACAAGGAUCGAAAUCCUUGUCUACAAUAG